AUGAGCGAGAAAAUUAAGAUCGGUGCUGUGCAAGCGGAGCCUGCAUGGCUCAACUUACCGGAGUCCGUCAAGAAAGUCACUUCAUUGGUGGAGCAGGCUGGAAAAGACGGAGUCAAUGUGCUAGGAUUCCCAGAGUUAUUCGUUCCAGGAUAUCCAUGGAGCAUCUGGACUGAGCCCUAUCUUCCAAAUGCCCCCAUGCUCCACGAAUACAUGGCCAAUUCUCUCGUCAAAGACUCUCCUGAGAUGGACCAAAUUCGUGAAGCCGUUAAAAAGGCAGGCAUUUUCAUCGUUUUGGGAUAUUCCGAGCGAGAUGGGGACAGCUUAUACAUCUCGCAAUCUUUCAUUGACCCUACUGGAACAAUUGUCUUACACCGCCGUAAAAUUAAGCCAACUGGCGUGGAGCGGUCAGUUUGGGGCGACGGACAGGCUGAUGGGUUGAUUAACGUCGUUGAUAGCCCAUUUGGUAAGAUUGGCGGCCUCAAUUGCUGGGAACACUUCCAGCCUCUGCUGCGAUACCACGAAUACAGCCAGGGAGUUGAUAUCCACGUCGGGGGUUGGCCACCUUUCUUCCACAAACCUGACAAUCUCCCUUCGCUGUACUUGACGACUGCCGAAGGAGAUCGUCUUGCUUGUCAGUUCAUGGCGAUGGAAGGUGGUUGUUUUUUUAUAUGCAGUACUCAGGUGCUGAGUGACAAAGGUCGCGAGAAACUAAAACUGGUUGGUAACCCUUAUGUGAAGACCCCAGGCGGAGGGUUCGCGAUGCUUUUCGGGCCUGACGGUACCGCGCUGGUUGAUCCGUUGGAUCCUGGUGAAGAGGGCAUUCUCUCAGCGGAGAUUGAGCUAAGUACCAUUGACUACGCUAAGCAGCUGCUUGAUGUGGUUGGACAUUACUCGAGGCCGGAUCUGCUGAGCCUCAAGGUCAAUCUUGAGCCUGCCAAGCAUGUGCACUACAAGUGA